AUGGAAGAUACUGGCAAGGUCAUCGAAAUCGUGAAAAAGAUCGGGGGCGUCGAUAUCCGCCGUAUGUGGGUUGUGCAUGACGAGAACUUCCGCGAUUUUUUCGAUUGGUUCGCCAAGGUAGACGACGAUAAUCUCAUCACCGAUGCGCUGGAUAAAGACUACGAUGAGCUGAAACGGCACGAUGAUGUUUACGAGGAGAGCGAGGUCGAUGCUUUGCUGAAGCAACUGGACACCCAGUACAGCAAUAUCCUCGAAUAUACCGAUCGAGAUGUAACGGAAUUGGAGCAGCAGCUAGAGCAGAUGGUGGAAAUAGAAGAGCAUUAUGAGCGGCUACUGGAAGACGCGAAAAAGACGGAUAUUUUGCUAACGAAAGAGUUGACUGACAUCGAAAGAGCUACGAUUGAUGCGCAGUACUUGAUGGAAAAGCAGGAAAAAAGCUGCCUAACGCUGGGCAAACGAUUGGAAGAGAAUCAGCUUAUAACACAGCAGAAAAUUGCGGAUUUGCAUCACUGUUACCUUCAGCCACAAAACCCACCACUGUUUGUGUAUCAAAUGCCGAUUGAGCAGUUUGAUGCCAAGUGCGAUCAGUUCCUGAAGUACCUGCAGAUGUACGUGAAGAAGCAUUUCCCUGUACGACAUUUAGAGGGCUUCAAAUCAUCAACUGAGUUGAGCAACAGCGAAGUACUCGAUGAGCUAGAGGAUAUCAAGCUGCGUCUCGACGUGGAAGAACUGAAAUUGCUCGAAGAGAAACGAGAAUAUGCUGGCGUCAAGCAUCUGGUGGACCGUUUGCAGGAUCAUGAAUGGAUUUCCAUGAAGGUUUCUGUACUAAAGAAACACAGCAUGGAACUGAAGAAUAGCAACGAGCAGGAUUUAUUGCGCGUGGAGCUUCUGAAAACCGAUCUCGAGAUGCUUAUCCGGCAGGUGAACGAGCUAAGGAUCGAGUCCGUACUCUAUGAAACCAACCGGUCGAAGCUGGAUCGGGCUAUCAGCCGGUUGGAGUACAUACAGCGGCUGGAUGAGAGCAUCUCGAAGGAAUUGAUGAACGCGGAGCUGCUCUGGAUACUGAUGAAACUGGAUCUGGAAAAGAUUCGCAAUUGUUUCAACAACGCAGAUGAAAUGAAUGGGGAAUCGAAAAGGUGCUUCAAACGCAUCGACGCGAUGAAGCAGCUCGAAAAGAGUUCUUGUUUAGAGGAAACAUAUUCCGACUAUCUGGCGCAUCUUUCUGCGCUCAUUCGAUCCGCUACCGUGACCGACAAUAGUACCAUAGUGGAAGCAACGGAUAAUGGAUUGAAAGGGUGUUUGCAGCACUUCACCAGUCUAUCAAAGCGCAUCAUGAAGCAGGUGGAAUCGGUUGCAAAAGGAAAAUAUCACAAAAAGAUCAAGAACGUACUCGAGAGACUAUCCACCCAGGAAAAACUGUUGUCGCGGUUUGUAUUUGAUGGUCCAUUACGCUAUCCCCAGUUCUACGAUCAAGAGUAUUUGGAACGAGUGCAACAGCUAAGCUUCUUGCUGGGACUGUUGGAACGCGAUGAACGGAGUGUCCGCAAAGAUGUUGUGCAGAACAUUGAAGAGUCCAAGCAAAGCCAGAAAUUUAAAAUGUACAAGCAAAGGCUGUGGAUUUGGUUUUUAACCGAGCCAAAAAAGGUGACGAAUGCUAUUAAGGAAAUUACCGCUGAAGCAUCGAAAACGGCUAGCUAUAAGACCUUAUCGGGCAUCAAAUGUAAAUCGAUAGCAGAUGAUUUGAAGUAUUAGCAGCCGGAACCAACCAACGGGACAAUUAAAACGGAGAAUGAAGCUCGGGUUUACGUCCAAGGGUUAUACAAUCUCUCAUUAUUUUACUUUCGUUUCAUUUCACUUCAAUUCAUGUUACAAACAAUUAGUAAUAAAAAUAGUUUUU